CACUCGGGACUGAGCUCCAGGGCAGAGGGACGAAGCCCCCGCCGUGCCCGGCAGCACCGCGAGGCGAUGUUUCCCCUGUGGAAGGCCGUUCUCUCGGAGAGUCUCCUGGGCUACAUUUCUUGGUCUCUUUACCAUGCACUGCCACCGAUGAUCUACUACUUCCCUCUUCAGACACUGGCACUCACGGGCCUAGAAGUUUUUGCUGUUGCUUUCUUUUCUCCAAUAUUCUUGACAAUUGGCCCUUUAUGGAGGUUGGCUAACAAUAAGUACAUCUUAGCCUUUCUGAGAUUGACUAUGGUUGGAAGCUUAGCAUCAUACCAGGCACCAAAUGCUUCAAUUAGACUGUUCAUCUUGGCUGUUGGUGUUUCUUCUUCAUUGCUGGUUCAAACAGUAACAUGGUGGUCAGGAAACAGUUUACAAAGGUUCAUCAGGAUAUGGGGCUUCAUGCUAGGCAAGAUAGUGCUCCUUGUUCUUCGCAUCUGGUAUACAUCACUAAACCCAGUCUGGAGCUCACAGGUUGCCAACACUGUCAUUAUGACAAUAGGUUUUAUAGCAGCAGUGGAGCGGAUUUACUCAGGUGGAGACAGGAGGAAACAAGAAGCAAACAAAACUGGUACUGUAGUUAGAGAGACUGCUUCCCAUCCUUAUUGGCUUUUAUCUGGGGUUGCUUUUGGCAGCCUCAUGUUCCUCACCCUAUGGAUAUUUGGGGAGGUCUCAUUAAUUUCUAGAUGGGCAGUAAGUGGACAUCCAGAUACAGGUCCAGAUCCUAAUCCACAUGGGGGUACAGUUCUGCUGGGCCUGGCUCAGGGACUGAUGCUUUCAUUUUGGAGCUGGUCUUCUGUUGUCAGUUUUGCCUGGUUUCUCAUAGGUUUGGCAUCUUCAGCUGGUCUUCUUUAUUUGCACACCUGGAGUGCUGCUGUUGCAGGCAACAUCCUUGCUGUCUUUACUAUGUCUGUGUGGCCACAUCUAGCUGGACACUUUGUUAGCUGUCUGCAUCCUGGGAAAGCCAUGAGUACAGCCAUGUUUGCCUAUGUUCUUGAAUUGUUCUUCUGCGUAUGGUGUACAGCUUAUAAGUUUGUACCUGGAGGAGUUUACAUUAGAGAAAGCUCCCAUCUUCUUUUAGGUUUUAUAAUGUUAUGUAUUGGGCUAGAUUUUCUAACAGGACCCAAGAAAGACCUUAGCUCUACCUUUGAAGUGAAAAGCAAUCAAAAGCCACUAUUUAAAAGGACUAAAAAAUAUAUUAAACUAUUCUUGUGGCUGUUUGUUGGUGUUGGUUUGCUUGGACUGGGUCUACGUUAUAAAACGUACCAGAAGAAGUUGGGCCAAGGGGUUCCAAAAAGAGACUUCUCUGCUAUGAUCUGGCCUUUUAGAUUUGCAUAUGACAAUGAAGGAUGGUCUAAUUUGGAAGGAUCAGCUAAUUUGCUUAAUCAGACAGAAGCAGAUUUUAUCACUAUUAUAGAGAGUGAUGCCUCUAAGCCAUUCAUUGGAAACCACGAUCCAACAAUGUGGCUAGGAGAAAAACUAGGAUUUUACACAGAUUUUGGCCCAAGCACAAGAGAUCACACUUGGGGGAUUAUGGUGCUGUCAAAGUAUCCAAUUGUAAAAUCGACCCAUCACCUCCUUCCGUCCCCAGAGGGAGAGAUUGCACCUGCCAUUUCCCUGACGGUCAACUUCACAGGGAAACUGAUUGAUUUCGUUGUCGCCCACUUUGGAAAUGAAGAAGAGGACUUGGACAGAAAACUCCAGGCAAUAGCUGUUUCAAACCUCUUGAAGACUAGCUCUAAGCAAGUUGUGUUUCUAGGAUACAUCACUUCAGCUCCUGGAUCCAGAGAUUAUACUGAAUUAAUAGAAAAUGGAAAUGUCAAGGAUAUUGACAGUACAGAUCGUGACAGAUGGUGUAGCUAUAUUAUGUAUCGUGGAGUAAUAAGGCUGGGUUAUGCCCGCAUAUCUCAUGCUGGUUUAAGUGAUUCAGAAGUCCAGAUGGCCAAAUUUAGAAUCCCAGAUCACGUGGAUAGCUAUGCUGACAAUGACAGAAUUGUCACUGACCCCAGCCAAGUUCCUGAGGACAUCCAUUUCAAUCCCAGGUUUGGAUCUUAUAAAGAUGGACAUAAUUAUGAGCAUAUUCACCACUUUCAUAUGAGCACUCCUAAAUAUUUUAAACGGGCAAAUUAGAGAGAAAAUACAUACUGUUGGGACCAGCAAGAAAGGUUUGUUGCUUGAAGCCAAAUUGGCAGCCAAAAAGACUAUGUUGCUUAAGGAUGAGCAGUUCCCAUGCUGCACAACAUUAUGAAUGUCUCUGUAAUAGUUGGUGACUCUUCUCUUUAAUGAGUUGCCAUCACUUUGAAAGAGGAAAGACACCUGCAUUUUGACAAACUGAUAUCUACCCAGACCAGACACCUGUUUUGUAUGCAGCAAAGCAAGGGUGGGAACUUGCUUUGGCAACAACUUUUGUGAAGGUAUCCUAUAUCCUGCUGUUUCAGAGUUUAAUGUGUCUAUGCACCUUUUUUAAGGUCCAGAUAUGACCCCUUUACUCUCCUGGGAGGUCGCUGGAACAGUCAUGGGCAAGGAAUUUCAGCAGACUUACACACUUUUUUGAUGACUGAGGCAAAGCAAAAUAAUGUGGUAGUGUAGGUAACCUGUUGAUAUUUGCUGCAAUUUGUAGUCCUGCUGCUAUUGGAACAAAAAGCUUGGCCUUAGGUUUUUCAAAAUAGGAAAAGGUCAGUUUUUUAAUUGGGAGAUAUGCUGUAAGUAUGCGUUUGAAGUGUGUGCAUUUUUGACUUUCUCAAACAGUAUUUACAUCUGCUGCUAUUCUACAUUCUGUUCUUCAAUGAGUUUUAUUAGAACAAUUUGUGGAUGAUUGAUGUUCAUAAUACUGGAGAAAAGGCAGUGACUUCUACAGACUUCAUUUUUUUUUAGCUGGAUAUUAGACUCUUCAAUGCUUUUACAAAGGGAAGAGUGAAGUACCUCUGAAUAGUUAUUUUUGUAAGACACUUACCUGAACACACUGCCAAAGAAUUAAAUACAAUUGUCUCAACAUAACAAGGUUUCUGAGAAGGGAAAAUAGUUACUUGUAACUUUUAUUUUAAAUGAACUGUAAUAAACAAAUAAAAAAAGCAUUGUUCCUUUGCUAGCAUUA